GGAAGCGGAAGCGGGGCACGGUUGGCGGCGGACCGGAAGCGGGCGGGCGGCGCGAUGGCGGGGCUGUCGGUGCGAGACCCCGCCGUGGAUCGCUCCCUGCGCUCCGUGUUCGUGGGGAACAUCCCGUACGAGGCCACGGAGGAGCAGCUGAAGGACAUUUUCUCGGAGGUUGGGCCCGUGGUCAGCUUUAGGCUGGUGUAYGACAGGGAGACGGGCAAGCCCAAGGGCUAUGGCUUCUGCGAGUACCAGGACCAGGAGACGGCGCUCAGCGCCAUGCGCAACCUCAACGGGCGCGAGUUCAGCGGCAGAGCCCUGCGCGUCGACAACGCCGCCAGCGAGAAGAACAAGGAGGAGCUCAAGAGCUUGGGCACAGGUGCMCCCAUCAUAGAGUCACCCUAUGGGGACCCUGUCAACCCUGAGGACGCCCCAGAGUCCAUCAGCCGGGCAGUGGCCAGCCUGCCMCCCGAGCAGAUGUUUGAGCUGAUGAAGCAGAUGAAGCUGUGUGUCCAGAACAGCCCCCAGGAAGCCAGGAACAUGCUGCUCCAGAAUCCCCAGCUGGCUUAUGCKCUGCUGCAGGCCCAGGUGGUCAUGAGGAUCGUGGACCCGGAGAUCGCGCUGAAAAUCCUGCAUCGCCAGACCAGCGUUCCUCCUCUGAUCCCAGGCAACCAGCAGCCGGUGCCAGGACCAGGGCCUGGGCCAGGACCGGGGCCUGGGCCGGGGCCCAACGCACAGCUGAACCCGCAGAGCACCCCCUCGUCCCAGCCACAGCCCAUAGGCGGGAUGCACGUCAACGGCGCUCCUCCUCUGAUGCAGCCGCCCAUGCAGGGAGGAGUGCCAGCCCCAGGACAGAUGGCAGCCCCUGUGCAGGGUCCAGGCCCUGGCCCCAUGGCUCCAGGAGGGAACCUGCAGCUCUCGCCCGUGGGACCUGCCAGGCCUGCAUCUAUCGAACGUGUUCAAGUGCCCAUGCCAGACCCGAGGGCCCCUAUGCAGCGUGGACCUCUACCUGCUAGUGGCCCGCCACCCCGAGGCCUUUUGGGAGAUGCCCCGAAUGACCCUCGCGGAGGGACCCUGCUCUCAGUCACUGGAGAAGUGGAGCCCAGAGGUUACCUUGGGCCGCCCCACCAGGGAGCCCCUAUGCACCAUAUGCCUGGUCAUGACAGCCGUGGCCCCCCCCAUGAGAUGAGGGGGGGACCCAUGGGAGAACCCCGACCACUGAUGGGAGAGCCGCGGGGGCCCUUGAUGGAUGCUCGAGUUGGCAGAGACCCGCGGGGAUUGGAGCCGCGAGGAUUGGAGCCACGUGGGCUGGAGCCGCGGGUGAUGGAGGCAAGAGGCCUGGAGCCGCGGGUGCUGGAGCCACGGGUGCUGGAGGCCAGGGCCAUGGAGGCCAGGGUGCUGGAGCCMCGGGGCCUGGAGCCUCGAGGGCCCGGGCCCAACCCGCGUGGCCCCAUGCCUGGUGGGAUACAGGGUCCUGGGCCACUGAACAUGGGAGCCACUGGCCCGCAGGGGCCGCGCCAGGUUCCUAACAUGGCUGGGGCAGGCAUGCAGGGAGGAGGCAUUCCUGGGGCAGGAGUCCAAGGAGCUGGUCAGCCUGGAGGCUUUAGCCCUGGACAGAGCCAGGUCACCCCCCAGGAUCACGAGAAGGCAGCGCUGAUCAUGCAAGUCCUGCAGCUGACAGCAGACCAGAUCGCCAUGCUGCCCCCAGAGCAGCGGCAGAGCAUUCUCAUUCUGAAGGAGCAAAUCCAGAAAUCCACGGGGGCACCCUGACAGGCAGGCACAUGAUGGAGAUGCCAUGUGCCUGGACAGCAGUGAUGCUCCAUGGCUGCUGCUUCCCAUYGCCUCCUGAGCUGAUGCUGCAUUUUGGGAGAGGUUGUGUCACCCUCAAGAGGCUUUCUCCUCCAGUUCAUCCUUUUUUUUGUUUUCUGUGUAUAUUUUAUGAUGUUUGAAAUAAAGUGGGAGGAGGGUUUGAGUAAA